CAUGACGUAGAGGAUGUGAGUGGCUGCAGUAGCCGUUCGAUUGCUUUGGAAAAGUGGUGCUUUAAAGACAAUCCACUUAGCCCCACGACGCAAUGUAAUCGACUGAAAGGUUUCAGAUAUUUUUGGACAAGAAUCCGUUCAAUCUCGCUUCUGCUUUGAGCCAUUUGGGUGCACAUUGAAACGUCGAGGCCUGCUUUGUUAGCCUAGCCUAGUUUAGCAGCUAACAAAGAGAAACAACGCGCCUGGGAUAAACACGUCACCCAGCAAGCAAACAUCAAGUCCCAAAAUGUCAGAUGUCAAUCAAGCGCAUCGUCCUGAACGCCAGGAGUCUCCUCGCAUGGGGGAAGAGGAAGAGUCGCCAUACAUCAAGAAGGUGGAGGAAGAAUUCGUCCACAUUAAAGAGGAGCAAGAGCAGUAUUUUAUUAGAGUGGUGAACCCCCACAUUGAGGAGCAGCAGCAACCUCAUCCCCUCAAAAAGGAGGAGGAGGACCCUCCAUAUGUUAAAGUGGUGGUGGUGGACAUCCCCAAGUGGACUGAUGAGCCCUUGAAGGGUGAAGAUGCCGGUGUGAGUGAGGCCAGCAGAGGGACGGAGCCUCAGAAUGGCAGCAACAGCAGUUCAAAAGAAAGAUCCCAAGCAGACAACCUCAUCGCUCGACCAUCAGAGAGUGACGAUUUCACAUCACACUCCCUGUUCUGUUUACGCAAAUAUUUUGGUCCUGACGCUCAACAGCUAAAGAGAGAAGUACAACUUCCAAUCAAAAAGGAGGAGGUAGAGAUGCCAUACAUUAAAGAGGAGUGUGAUAUCACCAUGUCGACUGGUGAGCCCUUGAAUACCAAGGAUGGUCUGAGUGAGACCAGCAGAGAGACGGAGCCUCCAAGCAGCACCUCAACAGCAGGAUCGCAAGCACACAUUUUCAUCGCACCAUCAGAUGGAAAUGGCGCCACAUCACACUCACCUUACAAAGAUGAUGGUCAUAAGAAAUCUCACCAUGGGAGAACCUUUGCUAAUAACUAUAAUUGUCGUAUGGAUAUGAGGAGGCACACUGGUGAAAAACCUUUCGUCUGCUCAGUUUGUGGUCAAACAUUCAGUCACAAGAGCAACUUAAACCGACACACAAGAACCCACACUGGCGAAAAACCUUUUUCCUGCUCAGUUUGUGAUCGAGGUUUCGCGAAAAAGCAUAACUUACAAAUACACGAAAGGACCCACACAGGAGAAAAACCUUUUUCCUGCUCAGUUUGUGGUCAAGGAUUCACUCAAAUUCACCACUUAAAAGGACACACAACAACCCACACUGGUGAAAAACCUUUUUCCUGCUCAGUUUGUGGUCGAGGUUUCGCUAAAAAGCAUCACUUACAAACACACAUAAGAACGCACACCGGAGAAAAACCUUUUUCCUGCUCAGUUUGUGGUCACAGUUUCACUGAAAAGAUAAACUUGCAAACACACACAAGAACCCACACUGGUGAAAAACCUUUUUCCUGCUCAGUUUGUGGUCAAGGAUUCACUCAAAUUCAGCACUUAAAAGUACACACAAGAACCCACACUGGUGAAAAACCUUUUUCCUGCUCAGUUUGUGGUCAAAGAUUCGCUCGCAAGGAUAAGAUUAAGGGACACAUGUGUAUUGGGGUGAGAAGCAGUGGCCAAUGACUGUUUUGCCCGUCAACCACGCUGCCUUCAUCAGAUUGUUCAUGCAGGUCAAUUGUAGUCUGUAAAGUUUCCUCAAAUCCUGAUGAAGAUUGGCAGUAUCGGUGCUUUGUCCAAUCCUUGUAUGAUGUGGAUCCACAGUAUUUCCAAAAGUAUUGGCUCACCUGAUUUAACUCUCAAGUUGAGUGCCAUUAUUUAUACAAUACUCUCCCUCUUUCAAACUACACUUUUUACCGCUAAUAUUUGAAACAGUAGACCCAAAAUUACAAAAAUUCUAAAUCAUCAAUAAUAUAAUUACGUAAGUAUGGAAAAUUAUGAUUGGCUCACAAAUAUUAGUUUUUUGGGGUUAGGGGUGCAUUGCUCGUACAGGAUUUUACCAAUCUUGUUCAUAUUUGGCACAAACAUGAUAGGAGACACCUUUUUGCGAUUGUUAUAUGUGUUUUUCUUAUUUUCAGAUUUUUUAAAGUUUAAACAAGCUUUCAAAGUGGCUGCCCCUCUGUCAUCAAAUUCCUUGUUGCAGAGGGAGAAACCCCUCUGAGGGUUAGGGUUUGUGGAUUUGGUUUGUGGAGGUAUACAUUGAGACUCUUAGGAAGCUCAAAGCAAGAAUUCGACAUGUUCGGCCCAACUUGGACAUGGCAAACGUGCUCCGCCAGCAUGACAAUGCACGUCCUUCCACAAGCAUCAGGGCCAUGGAGGUCAUCACUUCAUUUGGAUGGACUGUGAUACCACAUUCGCCAUAUUAUCCUGAUUUGGCACUGUCAGACUACCAUCUCUUUGGUCCAAUGAAAGAAGGACUCCAGGGCAACCGAUAUGGCAAUGACGAUGAAGUGAAAACUGCUGUUAAGAAUUGACUUAGAGAUCAACCGGCUGAGUUCUACAACACUGGUAUACAUGCCCUCGUUCAUAGGUGGACUGUAGCUCUUGAGAGAGGUGGAGACUAUGUGGAGGAGUAAAAAUAUAAUCCUCACACUUGUACCUUUAUUUUGAUGUAUAAUACAUGUUGCUAUUAUAAUUUGUUUGUACAUAAUAAAGUUGGGUGCAUUACUUUUUGAAUACCCCUAGUAAUUUAAUAAGUUACUAUUACUACUCUUGAUUGACAGUGACGUAUUACGACAGAGUAUUGGGGCCAAAUAAAGGGAGGCGGAAAAUGACUUUGAGAUUAAAGUUGUACUCUUACUAGAAGGAAAAAAGUUGUCUUAUUACGUAGGGGUAAUGUAGCUGAAUAAGGGGCUACGCACUUUAUGUACACGUACCUUCUCUGGGAGCCCCGACAAAGCAUCAGUAAAAUCCUUCCAUUGAUUAUAAUUUGAUGUAGAUGAGCUAAAAGCUAACGGAUUUCCUUAUUUUGGAAACUGAUUCUAAAACACAGCCUCACGAGAUCUUUUCAUUAUUGUUGACUUUAGGUGAGGAGGCAAAGCGCUACAGAAAGUACGUGGCUGCUUAUUCAGCUACAUUACCCCUACGUAACAGACUUUUUUUCCCUCCUACUUACAGUCCGACUAUAAUCUCGUAGUCCUCUUUAUUUUGGCCUUAUACUUUUUCGUACUAAUUGGACAAUGAUGAUAAUUGUUAGUGCUUUUAAUCAUUCCGGCCCACGUCGAUGAAAAUCUCAAGACUGCUUCGAAUUUUAAAGUGCUUGUACUUCACUGUGCUUGUUAAUUUUAUUCAUUAUAAACAUCUUUUUAUUUAUUCAGUCCUUGCCUCCUCGCCUCUUUGUUCAGAACAAGCCUAGUUAGAAUAUUAGAACUGAAAUCUAUGGUGGUAACUAAAUCAGAUACUUUGUUACCAAGUUGAUUCUAAGAUUCAAAAAAUGUGACGGUCCUGCCUUUUCUGCAAUACCCGAAGUAUCGCCGGUACCGACGCGGCAGAUCUGGCCACUUCUUUUGUGUGCCAUACGAGGCAACACAAGUUGCUGGACAAGCGGUCAUUUACAUUGCUAAAAUGGGGGUUGUAAAUGAGCGGUUAUAUGGCAACACGCUGUGCUAAAGAACGAGAAAAACAGUCAAUGUAUGCAACAUUCAGUGACGUGCAUUUACGUCGUUUUUUAAUAUUAUUUUUAUUUUACUUUUUUUUAGUUAACCCUUUAACACCUAACACUAUUUGUUCCAAAUCUGCAUACCUUUGAUGUUGCCUUUAUAUUUCAAAUAAAAAAAAUCAAAAUUGCCAGAUUGGGUCCCUUUUUAGGACACCAUAACCUUCAUGUCCAAACUUAUUUUCUUCAACCAAUUAUAAUCAACAUUUUGGACCCAAAAAGACAAAAAAAUCAACAUUACAAAUUUUGACAAAAGUGUUUUGAUUUCCCAUUGACAACCAAACAUGCUCGACGAAACGUUUUUAAGCAAGAUAGAUAUUCAACUUUUUAGGAUAAACAUUCAACAGAAAAAAUGAGACUGAAUAGUUUUAUGUUUAAUAAUUCAACAAAAAAAGGUAAGGUCAAAAGC